AUGUGCGACGUGCUUCCACUACAACCUGCAGGCGCCUUCCUCCGUCAGGCCCAAAAACUUCAGCCCUCUGUUCUCGCAGACCCAAUUGCCAUUGUCGGCAGCUGCACUGACAUUGACGUCGCGCUGCGACUGCGUCCUGAAUGUGACGGGGACGACGCGAUGACACACGAUUCGGUGGCCUAUCAGAUGGGGCAGAGCCAGCUAGAUGAGCACGUGGACUUCCUUACGGCUAUUCGUCGUGGCCUCGACGAGCUCGUGGCUGACGCCUCGGAUGACGAGAGCGACGAUGAGAGUGACGAGGAAGGAGAGUACUAUCAGGCGAGCAAGGAGAACAUGUACUACAGCCCGGAGCAAAAAUACUCGUGUGGUUUUCUACAGGAUGACGCAUUGGACUUGUCGGACACAUCGACAUCCUCUUCCUCGUUGUUCACUGCAUGGGCACAACAAGAGUUUGAUGACGACGACGACGACAAUGACGACGAUACAAACGAACUCAUUUUUCAACUUGAACUAUAG